AUGGAAGAGCCGCAGACCUUCGACGAAGUGAACUCACCCCCAGUCCGGGAAUCCUCGCCUUCACCCUCCGUUCCAGCAACGCCGGCCAUCUCCUCAUACUCCUCUCCAGAGCGUACGUUCUCCUCCGUCUCCUCCCACUCCGCCUCCUCUGCGACCUCGGCUGAUGCCCGAUCGACUGUCUCAACAUCAUCCCGCCGCCAUGGAUACAUUCGUGCGUUUGGAGCCGAGUUCUCCGAAUCGGCUCGUCACCGGGACAGUGUGAUGAGUCUGGGGAGUAUUGCCCAUCUACAAUAUUACUUUGCCCGGACAGGUCUGCUAGAUGGAAAGACCGGUCGAGGCAAGGAAUUCGACAAGAAGAAUGCGAAGAAUGUGCCCCGGGUGCUGAUCACCCCAAACGAACGGCACAUGGACGAUCUGACGGCCAGCCCGACAGAGAUGGCCGAGUCGCCGGGCUUUGAUCCCAGCAUGGAAGACGAGGACGGCGAGGUGAUGCUACCCCCCACAGUCAGCACGUACAGCAUCAAGACGCACCAUAUACCGCCUCCGCCAGAUCUCCUGUCCCUGCGUCGGGAUUUACAAAAAGCGUUGGAUAAAGCAGAUGCCAAUAUGGAGGCCAUUGAGAACGGGGCGGAGCCUCAAUCCAGAGAUUCAUUACGGUCCAGUCUUUCCCCGAGCGAUAUCCCCGAACCCCUGGAAGACGAUGCAUCGAACCAGGUUCCAACCCCACAAACGAAAGAGGAAGCGCAAGGAAUGUGCAUCCUGGAUGAUGUGACCAACGCUAUCCGCGCCGCAAAGAUUUACUAUACGACACAUGAGCACCCCGAACGUCUGGCCUCAAUCAAAACAGAGCGCGAAAUCCGGAAGGAACUGUUCCAUGUGCUCGAUGUACUCAAACGCUGGGCCGCACGGCAUUUCGCUAGCGGGCUCCGUGAUGAGGAACGCGAUGUAAUCAAAGGAUGGAUCUCCGGUGUGCGCACCAUGCUCGUCCGCGAGAGGGCUCUCGAAGAUCUGGAAGCGCAAGAGCGGGAGAAUUGGGAUUGGGCCCGUGGCGACUGGGCCGGACGAGAGAGGUCCCGCGAGGAAUCCUUUCUUCGCAGCUUGAUGCCUGGUGGGCACACCUUGCCGGAAUGGACCCCGGUCGCCGAAGCCGAAGGCACCGAACCGGCCCCAACUGCAUUCCUCGAAUGCUUCCGUGACGGGCGGAUCCUGGUGCAGUUGCACAAUAUCGCCGUCAAAAAAUCAAAGCGUCCCUUUGGUGAAAUUAAAGCCUUCCACCAGGACAUCGCCAAGCCCUAUCGGCAAGCGGAGAAUCUGCGCUUUUGGGUGAAAGCGGCCGAGUUGCGGUGGGAAUUGCGGCUGGUGGUGGAUGUGAUGGGAGUGGUUCAGAGCAGCACCGUCACUGCCUGGAAGCAAUUUGAUGCGGCGCUGCUCGCCUGGUGCAAGACGGUUCGCGAGGAGCUGGUGCGAGAUUGGAUAGCGGCCAACCCGGGACGGCCGCCCAGUGCUGGUCUGAUUUGA